UAAGAGGCGCCCCACAGCACUCCUGCCACUCUGGACGCCACAGCCAGGAGGUGACAGGAGCGGCCACCAGGAGCCACUGACGAUGUCUGAGCUGGAGAAGGCCAUGGUGGCCCUCAUUGAUGUUUUCCAUCAAUAUUCCGGAAGGGAGGGCGACAAGCACAAGCUGAAGAAAUCUGAACUCAAGGAGCUCAUCAACAAUGAGCUUUCCCAUUUUUUAGAGGAAAUCAAGGAGCAGGAGGUGGUGGACAAAGUCAUGGAAACUCUGGACAAUGAUGGAGAUGGCGAAUGUGAUUUCCAGGAAUUUAUGGCCUUCGUCGCCAUGGUUACCACUGCCUGCCACGAGUUCUUUGAACACGAGUGAAACGGAGA